CGUUAAAAACACUUCAUUAUUAGGCUUAGUGAUUCGUGCGUUCAGACAACAGAACAUUAGUCGCGAAAACUAGAAUCCCAUCUCUUUCUGGCUUAACCCAAGUCUUUCUGGACAUAAAAUUGGCACAGGAUCGUAGCUAUGUAAUAGUUUCACGUGAACUCCCUCCAUUUUGUUUUUUUUUCGAAUGGCAAAUGGUCGGUAAAAGACAGUAUUUCAGCGGUGUGUUGUGGUCACCAAGUUGCCAGUCAGCCGGGUUCGUGUCGCCUAGGCCUAUACCUUGUUACGCAUCGUCUGCGUGUCACGACUGAACUAGACUGCGUGGCGUUCAUUGACUGAACAACGAAGUCAUCGUCUCGGAACUCCACAAAGUGAUAGGUGAUUUUCAUGGGAAUAGUCCAAGAUGGCCGAUGUGGACCCAGAGACAUUACUGGAAUGGUUACAGAUGGGCCAAGGAGAAGAGCGAGACAUGCAACUCAUAGCCUUAGAACAACUUUGCAUGUUGCUGCUUAUGUCUGACAAUGUUGACCGAUGCUUUGAAAGUUGCCCACCGAGAACCUUCCUCCCUGCACUCUGUCGGAUCUUCCUUGAUGAGCAUGCUCCAGAUAAUGUCUUAGAAGUCACCGCUCGUGCCAUCACCUACUACCUAGAUGUCUCAGCUGAAUGUACCAGGCGGAUUGUGGCAGUGGAUGGCGCCAUCAAAGCUCUGUGUAACAGGCUAGUUGUGGUAGAGUUGUCUUCUAGAACCUCCAAAGACCUUGCUGAACAAUGUAUCAAGGUUCUAGAGUUGAUGUGUACUCGUGAGUCAGGAUCCAUCUUUGAGGCUGGUGGUCUACAUUGCGUGCUGUCCUUUAUUCGUGAUAAUGGUAGUCAGGUCCACAAAGACACAUUACAUUCAGCCAUGGCUGUGGUAUCCCGACUUUGUGGCAAGAUGGAACCUAGUGAUUCCUCUUUGGAAACUUGUGUGGAAUCACUGUCCACACUCCUCAAACAUGAGGAUCCUCAUGUUGCUGAUGGGUCCCUGCGCUGUUUUGCAUCAUUAGCUGAUCGUUUCACUCGGAGGGGUGUAGACCCCCUCCCACUGGCCAAACAUGGCCUAUCACGGGAGUUGUUAGAAAGACUGGCUAAUUGUGGCUUGACUGCUGCCAUGGCAACAGGUACCAAGGCAGCGGGUGCCACAGGAACCACUCCUGACUCUAAGGGUAACCCUAACAUCUCAACUGUCAUCAGCUUGCUCUCCACAUUAUGCCGAGGCUCUCCCAGUGUUACACAUGAUUUACUACGAUCUGCGCUACCUGGUGCUAUAGAGAAGGCGCUGCAAGGCGAUGAGAGGUGUGUAUUGGACACUAUGCGUCUGGUGGAUCUUCUUUUGGUGUUGUUGUUUGAGGGGCGUACUGCUCUACCCAAGUCUAACAUUGGUACAACUGCUCGUACAAUGAGUGGUUUGCGACGCCUAGAUAGUGCCGGUGAACGAUCACAUCGUCAUUUGAUUGACUGCAUACGUAGCAAAGACACAGAUGCUCUGAUAGAUGCCAUAGACACAGGAGUUGAAGUCAAUUAUAUGGAUGAUGUGGGCCAAACACUCCUCAACUGGGCCUCUGCAUUUGGAACUCAGGAAAUGGUCGAGUUUUUGUGUGAACGAGGAGCAGAUGUCAAUCGAGGUCAGAGGUCAUCAUCACUUCACUACGCUGCUUGCUUUGGCAGACCCCAAGUUGCAAAGACACUUCUAAGGCAUGGUGCCAAUCCUGAUUUGCGUGAUGAAGAUGGCAAAACUCCACUAGACAAGGCAAGAGAAAGAAACGACGAAGGUCACCGUGAGGUCAUGCAGAUCCUCCAGUCACCAGGUGAAUGGAUGGUCCCCGUGACUCCAACAGCAGAUGCUGCUGUCUCCAGCCCUGAGGAGGCUACUAAGCCUGAAGGAGAGAUGGACUUUGCUGAACCUAAAGGUGAUCCAGAGAUGGCUCCCAUCUACCUCCGCAAACUCCUGCCUAUCUUUGCUCAGGUCUACAAUAACACCAUGAUGCCUUCUAUUAGGAAAGCUAGUCUAGCCCUUAUCCGUAAAAUGAUCCACUAUACUCCAUGUUCACUGCUCAGUGAGGUAUGCGUUGGGGAGAUAGCCAGCUUUACACAGGUCCUGGUCGAAGUCUUAGCUGCAGUGUUGGAUCAUGAGGAUGAUGAUGAUGGCCACUUGACAGCUUUACAAAUAAUCCAAGACAUCAUGCGUAAAGGUCAAGAUUUAUUCUUAGACCACUUUGCCAGGCUAGGGAUCUUCAGCAAAGUGUCCUCAUUGGCUGGUCCACCUGAUGUCAUUGAGGAGGAAGGACCAACAUCACAUGAUAAGAAACAGGAGACAGGAGAUCAAGAGUUAGAAGAUGCCAAGGAGAUUGUUGGAGGUCGUCCUUACCAUUGGAAGGACUGGUGCAUGGCUAGAGGUCGAGAUUGCUUGUACAUUUGGAGUGAUGCAGCAGCACUGGAGCUGUCUAACGGUAGCAAUGGCUGGUUCCGGUUUAUACUAGAUGGUAAACUGGCCACUAUGUAUUCCAGUGGUAGCCCAGAAGGAGGCUGUGACAGCUCAGAGAGCCGUGGAGAGUUUCUAGAGAAGUUACAGCGUGCACGGAGUCAGGUACGAGCCGGUGCUUGCAGCCAACCUAUCUUGAGCACUGUAGGCCCAACAAAGCUGGUUGUUGGAAACUGGUCUCUACAGUGUAAGAAAGAAGGAGAAGUGAUUGUACACAACUCAGAUGGGCAGCAGGCUACCAUCCUGCGUGAGGAUCUAGCGGGGUUUGUAUUUGAAUCCAAUCGCGGUACUAAGCACACAUUUACUGCCGAGACAUCCCUAGGACCUGAAUUCUCUACCAGCUGGACAGGCAAGAGAGGCAAGAGACUACGCUCUAAGGUGGAACAGGUGAAGCAAAAGGUGAAGAAUCUUGCUCGUGAAUUGUAUGACUGUCACUUCAAAGCAGCAGAAUCUCAUCCUCGAGACAUUGUUGCCAAGCUCCAUUGCAUCGUCCAGCAGAUAGAGCAGGCCUGUGAGAUGCAUGGGGACCUCUCCAAGCCAACAGAGGGAGAGCACAGCUGGUCUGAAGUGUUGAAGACAGCUCUAGAAUCCCUGACCCUCCUCCUAAAAGAUGAGAAUAACAUCUCAGCCUAUGAGCUUCACAGUAGUGGUCUAGUUCAGGCAUUGCUGUACUGUCUCAACAAUGGUUUUGACCAUGUAGCCUGUCAUGACAGACAUCUGAGGGAGAGAAUUAGCCUUUUCAAGGCUGCUUUCAGAGAUACAACAGAUGACCAAGGUGUGGUCACUCCUGCAGUGAUGUUAGUUCGUAAGCUGGUUGCUGUGUUAGAAUCUAUUGAGAGACUGUCGAUAUUCUUGUAUGACACACCAGGAUCCAGCUAUGGUUUACAGGUGUUGACAAGGAGAUUGCGUUUUCGUCUUGAGAGGGCAUCUGGGGAGGCAUCAUUGAUAGAUCGCACAGGUCGCACACUCAAGAUGGAACCUCUCACCACCGUGGCUAGCCUGGAGAGAUACCUCCUGAAAAUGGUGGCUAAGCAGUGGUAUGACUAUGAGCGCUCCAGCUUCGCUUUUGUCAAGAGACUGAAGGAGGGCCCACCUGUCACCUUCAGACACACUCAUGACUUUGAUGAGAAUGGAAUUGUCUACUGGAUUGGCACCAAUGCAAAAACUGGCUAUGAGUGGGUCAACCCAGCCCAGUAUGGCCUGAUAGUAGUCAAUUGCUCAGAAGGACGGACUCUGCCCUACGGUCGGUUGGAAGAUAUUCUGAGUAGAGAUACCUCUGCCUUGAAUUGCCACACCAAUGAUGAUAAGAAAGCCUGGUUCUCUAUUGACCUUGGUUUGUGGGUCAUUCCUUCAGCUUACACUCUUCGCCAUGCUAGAGGCUAUGGGAGAUCGGCACUGAGAAACUGGUUGUUCCAGGUGUCAAAGGAUAAUCAGAACUGGUUGACUUUGAUGACGCAUGCAGAUGAUAGCUCUCUUAAUGAACCAGGUUCAACUGCAACAUGGCCAGUGGAGCCCUCCAAAGAUGAGAAGCAAGGAUGGCGCUACGUUCGUUUACAACAGACAGGAAAGAAUGCCAGCGGUCAGACACAUUACCUAUCGCUGUCUGGUUUUGAGCUGUAUGGGACAGUGACCGCCGCUGUGGAGGAAUCCCUAGGCAGUAGUGUGGCAGGUAAGACCGUGAAGGACACAGAAGCUAGUCUACGCAAGCAGCGUCGGUUAAUGCGUUCUCAGGUCCUGCGACAGAUGGUGAGCGGUAUUGGAAGGGGGCGUGGCAUGGACUGGAAAUGGAGGGAGCAGGAGACCCAGUUGCUGGAAGGAGUGGUCCUGGCAGAGCACAGAGAAGCCUCCAGUAGCAAGCAUGCUAGUGCAGCAAGCCAUCCUCGUUCAGGAGAGAAAACUCCAACAGAUAAAGCAUCUACAGCAGGUGCCACAGGGGGAGGUAGUGGAUCAGGAACCAGUCUAGUCAGUCGUAAGAGUAACUCUACACCCAGCCUAAAUGAGACAACACCAGGGACUAACAAGACAACUUCAAAAGAUCGAGAUCAUGCCUCAACCUCUGACCUGACCUCAAGUAUUACCAUGGCCACCUCCAUGGUGGAGAGUGCCCUCAUGGCCACAGUACGAAGCAGUCGACUGAGCGGAGCGGAAGACAUUGCUGAGAGUCCAGAAUUGGUUGCUGAGAUGGAACAGACUGCUACGGCAACUAUGGAAUGUAAUGCGGCCAAUAAGCAGGCUGCUCAACCCACCACAGGUACCCCAGUCUCUACCACUACUGCCUCACCCAACAGCACUAGUAGCAGCACUUCUAGCAGCAUGAGUGUGAGUGUUCCCAACUUGUCCAGCACACGAGAUGUUGUAGCUGGAUUGAUGGAGUCGUUCCCUGCCUUGAUGCGUCGUAGUGGGAGCGGGGGUAGUGGCAAUGCAGUGUUAUCAGGCCGGGGCACCAACUUCACCUCAAGCUUUGUUAGGUUCCCACUGUCGUCUGGACUGUCUAGCAGCAACUUCCUCAGCAGUGCUCAGAGUGCUCCUAAUCUACCAGCCACCACCUCCUUGGCUAACACUACUAGCAGUGCUACAGCAGCCACGGUAGCUUCUACGUUCAGCUCAGUCCUUGCUUCUAGCAUGACCUCCAACUCCAGUGAGAGUGAUAACGAGUUCUUGGAGAAUUGCCGAGCCAGUUCUUUGUUGGCUGAGCUGGAGGAUGAUGAAUUCUGUCCUGAGCCUGAGGAAUUGGACGAUGAAAACGAGGAUGAUAGUGAAGGAGAUGAUUAUGAGGAUUGCACGGAGGAGGAGGAUUAUGAUCCAAGAGGCAAUCGAAGGCGUACCUGGGAUGAUGAACAUGUCCUUAAGAGACAGUUCUCAGCCUUGGUCCCAGCUUUUGAUCCACGCCCAGGUAGAACCAAUGUCCAACAGACCACAGACCUUGAGAUUCCACCUCCAGGUUCUCCUGACACCUCCUUCCGAGAUGACGGAGAUUCCACCCCUUGCCCUCAUCUAGCUCUGUUUAUCAGGGGACCAGGAUUACCUGGGAUCCCUGAGACAGAGGUUUUUUGUGAAGACCCCUGCUCUACAGUCUUCAAGUACAUCCAGACGUUAUACCAACAUACACCAGCUGGUACUAAACAGGACAAACUCAGGCGUAUAUGGGAACCCACCUACACAGUUAUUUACAGAGAGCUGAGACCAGAGGAUGCAUCCAUGUCACUUACUCAAAACAAAGAGGGUCGAUGGUCCAUCCCAUUUGUGGAGCGACAUCUAGGCUCCGAUCAACUCCCCAAGACAGAGUUGAUUUCCUACCUUCAGCAUAACGGCGAUGCCCACUUCCUGAGACGAUGGAAGAUGACAGGAGCAGCUAAGAAUAUACGCAAGACAAGAAACUGUUCCCAGCUCAUAGCAGCGUACAAGGAAUUUGUUCACCUAGGUCUGGCUAAGCCAGCUCAUCAACGCAGUAGACAUGGUUCUAAUCAUCUUCUACGUGAUACCGAUUGUGGUGGACCGUCAACUAAUCCCAUGGAUCCUUCAGCUGCCUCUGUCAAUGACGUGUUACAGUUACUUAGGAUACUUCAUGCAGUAGCUAGUGCUGCCAGCAGUACCAGCCUUCGAGGGGGUGACUUCCACUAUUACAAUGUCCCACUUGAUGAGUUUUGCAGUAAGAAGAUAACUAAUAAAUUGGUUCAACAGGUUCAGGACCCUCUGGUGCUAGCUAGUUUGUCCUUACCCAACUGGUGUGGUAAACUCACCAAGAAAUGCCCCAUGCUCUUCCCAUUUGAGACCAGACACCUAUUCUUCUCUUGUACAGCGUUUGGUGUCUCCAGAGCAAUUGCUUGGCUCCAAGAGAAGCGUGACGCCAAUACUGAGCGAGUACGUACUCCAAGUACUCGCAGGGAUGACCAGCAUGAGUUCAGAGUAGGCAGGUUGAAGCAUGAGAGAGUCAAGGUACCACGCAAUGAGAAGCAGCUGUUGGAAUGGGCCAUCAAUGUCAUGAGAUUACAUAGUCGGAGGAAGUCUAUCUUAGAGGUUGAGUUUAUGGGUGAGGAAGGAACAGGUUUAGGACCCACCUUGGAAUUCUAUGCUCUCAUAGCUGCUGAGUUACAGCGUAAGAGUCUAGGCAUGUGGCUAUGUGACGAUGAAUUCCCAGAUGACAUGUCUAGAGAGGUUGACAUUGGUGAGGGUGUCAAGCCAAGAGGUUUCUACAUCCAGCGUACCUGUGGUCUCUUCCCAGCUCCAUUAGUCCAGGAUAGUGAAGACAUUGAUCGUGUCAUCCAGCUCUUCCGUUUCCUAGGUAUCUUCCUCGCCAAGUGCCUGCAAGACAACCGUAUUGUAGAUUUCCCUUUCUCUCGCCCUUUCCUCAAGCUCAUGUGUAUGGGAGAGGCUGGUAGCAGCGUUAGGUCGUCCGUCACUCCAGAGUCUUCAAUCCGAGACUCGGAGAUGUCCAAUGAUACCCAGUCUGAGGCUUCCUUAGAUGACAUCCAUGAUCUGAUCUCGGAGCUGUCCAUUGAUGAGUGUGAAUCCAAGGCAGAGCUUAUCAUGGGUGACCCACCGAAACCCCGUACCCCAGCCUGGUUUGCUGGAUUGCUUAUUUUAGAGGAUUUGGAGAUAGUGGCCCCUCAUCGUGCUCACUUCCUCCGCCAGCUGAAGGUCUUGGUUGACCGGAAGCGACAGAUUUUGAAGGACAAGUCCAAGAGUGAGGAAGAGAGGAAUAAUGAGAUUCAGAUGCUAACUUUGGAGGAGGAGUCUAAGCUGGGACCUCCAGUAAGACUUGAGGACUUGGGACUGACGUUCCAGUUUAGUCCAUCUUCUAGUGUGUAUGGUUAUUCAGCCUAUGAUCUCAAGCCUGGAGGUAGUGAAGAACUUCUGACACUAGAUAAUGCAGAGGAGUACAUUGAGUUAGUAAAUGACUUCUGUCUGCAUACUGGUAUAAGACGUCAGAUUGAGGCAUUCAAAGAGGGUUUUGAUGAGGUUUUCCCUAUGGAGAAGUUACAUAGCUUCAGUCCAUCAGAGCUACAAACCAUGAUGUGUGGUGACCAAGCACCAAUGUGGACCAGGGAUGACAUCUUGAACUAUACCGAACCCAAGCUGGGAUAUACCAGAGAAAGUCCUGGAUUCCAGCGUUUUGUCAACGUGAUGGCCUCUUUGACACCUGAUGAACGGAAAGCUUUCUUACAGUUCACCACUGGCUGUUCCUCUUUGCCUCCUGGUGGUUUGGCUAACCUCCAUCCUCGUCUAACUAUUGUACGUAAGGUGGAUGCCAACGACAGCACCUAUCCCUCAGUCAACACCUGUGUUCAUUACCUCAAACUGCCAGAAUACUCUAGCGAGGAAAUCUUGAGGGAGCGACUUCUUGGGGCUACUCAUGAAAAAGGGUUCCAUUUGAACUGAAACCAACCCAAAGGCCUUGGUGUUUGUGAGCAUAACUUACUAAGAGAACUCAUGAGAUAUCUGGAUUAUCUGUAUCUUGGUGUGAUUACUGUGUGUUGCAAGCAACAGCUAGUUUGAAAGAACUUUCUGUUUUUCCUAAAGCAGCCAAAAUCCUGCAAAAGUCCAACUGGAUUCAGGGCUGUCCUGUCAAUUUACAUGGGAAGACUAAUAUUUUAAUUCUGUAUACGUAAAUGCACUUUUCGUUUACAGCAUAUCGUUUGAGCGGGGUUAAGGUGUAAAACUCCCGAGGGAUUAAGAUUGAUUCUGACUUUACAAAGCUAGAAUUGACGCCAUGUUUCACUUCAUGAGGUUCAAAUUCUCAGUAUUGUGAUGAAUACCUUCAGCUCGUGUUUUUGGAUCAUAAUCUAAUUUUUUUUUUUUUAUUUUUACUUUAACUGUUUUGUGCCCGAGUAUAUCUUUUAUUUUACAGCGUGGCAUUGAGCAACACACACUUAGUAUCUGUUUGUUAUUCCCCCCGGCAUCCGGUUAAUCCAGGCACUUCUAAGUUAAAAUUCACCUUGAUAACCCCAGUGUAAUUAAAAGCACCAUUAUUUUCGUUCUCCUUUGACCCAUUUUUAAACAUAGCCCCUAUUUUUUUUUUUUGCAAUAUGUCAACCUCACAAGAUUCUCAAGUUGUUUGCUUCACUUCUUAUUGGUUGCCAAAUGGUAAACCGUUCAGGAUUUUAGCUGAUCGCUAACACCCCCCGCCCCCACAUAAGUUGCGUUGACAUUGUCUUCUCUGAAGUCUGAACUGAUUGGCAGGUCAAGGAAAGACUUUCCACAAAUUGUUGAGGCUGAUUCACACAGAGGCAGACAUCAUUCAGCUCUGGGUGCUUGGUUGUAGCAUUUUAAGCAGAAGAGGGACAUUUCAAACAAGUUUGGAAGUUGGAUUGCAUAAAAGUACUUAGGGUUUUGGGAAUAUCAUGUCAGCAUUUAAAAAACAAAUUCACCUUGCUCCUUACGAUGAUGGAACAUUGUACUUGCUCUGUUUACGAUGUGUCCAUCUCUCGAGUAGUGUCCCUGGAUUUUUAUGUUUUCACAUCCAUUUCCAUGACUAAUUGCCUAGGCACCACAAGUGAAAUAUUGUAACUAGUCCAGUGAUUGAUACCCUGUUUGUAUCCUUUGAUUUGUUUUGAAGUAAUGACACUGCACUGCCUCACUUCAGAUUUGUUGAGUAUUUAACAAUUGCAUACAAUAGAAUAGUUGUUCACUCCAUAUUUGACGAUUGAGUAACCGAGUACGGCCAAAAUUCACAUUGACUCCAUUGUCAUGUUUUCAGAGCUGUUCUAUCAAAGUUUCAUUUUUAAGCAAAACGUGUUCACUUUCUUAAUUUGGUAGUGGUUUUCCAAGCGUCUGCCUUUUCUCCUUCCCAAAUAGCAGCAGUGUAUAUGUCACAUUAAACAAAAAAAAAAAACCCUCCCUGGCAGCUCUGUAACCAAUUCUAGCAUUUUAUUGUUAAGCUUUUUUCGCAUCUGAUUAUGAACACAGAGAUUUGGUAAUAGUAUUUUAAAAAGUUGACAUUUGUACAGAUGUGUGUGUUGGGUGUGACGGUCACUGCAGUAAGAUUACUAUCAUGUAUACGCAAGGAUGAGAAGGAGCUUGAUUUUGUUUCACUCACAGUUGAUUCGUUCAAAACAAUGAAGAAACUACUAAUUUUGUAUACAGAAUGGAGUCAGUAAUUUCAAGAACUAGUUGGUUUAUUUGCGGUGUCACUAUUAUCUCAUAUUUGUGUAUGAAUCACUUGGAUUGUAGUACAAUAAACCAUUGGGUCUGUAUCUACUAAUAAAAA